AUGAUCCGGGAAAAUGCAGCCGAAGAUGUACAACAUGAAGUCGAUGAAACUAAGAAGCAUAAAGCUGAAGGAGAGGAGAAUAAAUCGGAAACAAAACCGGAAGAAGGCUCAGUAUCUUUGAAUAAAAAACAAAAAGAUUGUGAUGUUAACGAUGUUGACAAAAAGGAGGAGAAUGAUAAGCUAAAUGAAAAUAUCAGCAGUGGUACAGAAUUGGGUACUGAAGUAAAGACAGAAGCUGUUGCUAAACCCGUUGAUGACAGUAGCGGUGAUAGAGAUGAACUUUGGAAAGAGGUGCAAAUUGAAUUUAAAAACCUAAUUGAAGUUGAAAAAGAAAUAGAAGAGCUUGGAAAUGUUUCGGAAGAAACCGUUGCUGCGUCUGCUAUAAAUGAGAAACUCCUAGAAACUUUACAGCUUCACAAAGAAAAGAGGGAGACGUUGAGACAGUUAAGGGAGAAGGAAUCAGAAGUUCAGCGUUCUGCUGCAAAAGAUGCUUUGGAACAGGUGGAGCUAACAAGACUUAGAGGUAUAGGAAAUGGUGAGAAAGGGAGGAAGCCGGUUUGCGAUGUGAUCGAUAUUUGUGAAACAGUCCAUGCAUAA